UUUAAGUGUCGCGGAUCUUGUGUUCGUAAGACCGUCUGACAGUUUGUCCUCCGGCUCCGUUCACCCUAGAGCUCAGACCGUCUGCCGUACAGCAGGUCUCAUCUUCUCUGCUUGGAUAAAAGUCAGACUUCCAUCAGGGCCUGGCCAGCCGCCUUCCAGAAGUGCCAGUGGUCCCAGCUUCAGGGGGCUGGGGGAGUCAGCAGCGGAGGCUCCUCCGGGUCACGCCUGUUGGACCCAUCCAGGGAAGGCUGGGCGUGAGGGAGCGAGCCAUGGAGCUGUAGAGUGACGGUGCCCUCCUUGGGGGGCGGAGGCGCAAACGAAGGACUGGGAGCCUGAGAUGAAUCGUAAGGAGAGCAGGAAGGCCUGUAAGGAGGGCAUGGCUGGACCUAAACGUCGGCAGAGGUGCAUGACUUGUCCAAGUCCCUCGGACAUCCGGCAGGCGCUGCAGACACCCGACGCCGGGGUGCUAAGUCACGCCAUCAGCCUAGAGGAGCUCAUCCGAUGCUGCCUGCACUGUUUCGGCUCAGAUGGGAAGCUGUGCAGGGGUGGAGACCUGGUGCACAUGACCCUGAUGAUGCACAGCUGGGUGGUGCCUUCGCAUACCUUUGCACGCACGCUGCUCUCACUCUAUAAGGAGUGUCCCGCAGAGAGGAAGACACAGCAACGAUCUCAAGUCUGCCACCUCAUCAGGCACUGGAUCAGCCUACUUCCUGCGGUGUUCAAGACUGACCCCCAGCUGGAGCAGGUGAUGCAGGACAUGCGUGACCUGGUGAGGACAGAGGGGGAGGAGUCUCACUGCAAGCUGCUCAACACCUCCUACCUGGUCCCCCCUGUGAACUCUUCCCAGUGUCCAUCUCCCAGCUUGAAGAAGAGGAAGGUCUCGCUGCUUUUUGAUCACGUGGAGCCAGAGGAGAUGGCUGAGCUGCUCAGUUACCUGGAGUUUGAGCACUUCUGCAAGGUUUCGCACCUGGACUACCGCAGCUACAUCGUGCACGGCUCAGUGCAUGGCAACCCGGCUCUGGAGUGCUCAGUCAUGCUGUGCAACGGCGUCUCGCAGUGGGUGCAGCUCAUGAUCCUCAGCAAGCACACGGCACAGCAGCGAGCCCAGGUCUUCACCAAGUUCAUCCACGUGGCUCAGAAGCUGCGGGCGCUACAGAACUUCAACACGCUGAUGGCAGUCAUGGGGGGCCUCUGUCACAGCUCCAUCUCUCGCCUCAAAGACACAACCUCUCUGCUACCUCCCGAUGUCACUAAGACCCUGAACGAGAUGAUGGACCUGCUGUCCUCCAGUAGCAACUACAGCAGCUAUCGGCGGGUGUUCGGGGAGAGCAGCGGCUUCAGGGUACCCAUCCUGGGAGUGCAUCUGAAAGACCUGAUCUCCCUGAAUGAGGUGCUACCCAGCUACGUGGAGGAGGACAAGAUCAACCUGAGUAAAGUGCAGCACCUGUACAGCAACAUCAAGGAGCUGCUGGACAUCCACACCUGCACACCGCCCUUCGAGCCCAACAAGGACCUGCUGCAUCUGCUGACGCUGUCUUUGGAUCUGUACUACACUGAGGAUGAAAUAUAUGAGUUGUCCUACACCAAGGAACCCAGGAACCCCAAGGUCCAGGCCAUGGUUCCAGUUAAGCCCCCUGUCAUCGCAGAGUGGGGAUCAGAGGUGACAUUCCAACUGGAUCCAGAAACUAUCUCGAAACACGUCCAGCAAAUGGUCGAUUCAAUAAUGAAGAAUUACGACCUGAACCUGGAUGGCUACAUCACCAUGGAGGAUUUUGAGAAAAUAGCUGCAAAUUUUCCCUUCUCCUUCUGCACGCAUGACAGUGACAGGGAAGGCGAAAUCAGUCGGGAAGACAUCACCUCCUACUUCCUGAGGGGUAUGUCCGUGUGCGCCAAGCUGGGCUUCAACUUCCAACACAACUUCCACGAGAUGAACUACAAGAAGCCAACCUUCUGCGACACCUGUGGGGGUUUUCUGUGGGGGGUAAUGAAACAGGGAUUCCGCUGCAAAGACUGCGGAGUUAACUGCCACAGGCACUGCCGGAAUCGGGUGGGCCUGGAGUGCAUAAAGAGGUUCAAGACGUCUGCGGGGUCCUGUCCAUGCACGGCCACCCCAGAUGUCAAGGCCAAAGCUAACAGCUGGUGCGGCGAGGAAGAUACCUACCCGUUCCCUCAAAGCCAGGGGAGAGACACAGUUGAGGACCUCUCGAUGCCGCAGAAAAAUGGAGAAAGCACUGAGCUUUUGGAAAAGUCCACCCAGACCGAGCCAGGCAUGUGGACUCCCGGGCUCCCUGAUGGCAGAGUGAUCUCAGGGUCCACUCCAGAUAAGCCCUUCCCCCAGGAAAGAGCUGUGUCUUACAUCUUCCAGGAAUUGAAGCGAAGACAGCAACAGCAGCAGCAUCUCUCUACUCCCCCCCAGAGGCUGCGGGGCUGCUCCAUGCCUCCGGCCAUCCUGCUCGACAAGAUGGAGGAGCUGAACUUGCACAACGACAAGAGCAGAGAUCAAAGUCCCCACACCACACAUCCCCCAAGCAAGCUGAACCUCUUGUAGAGUCACCCCCUUGGCAGAACCCUACAGCAGCCCUGACACCCAACCUUGCACAGCUCUGGGUUUUACCAUGAGACCUCAAACCCAUCUGUCUGCCCCUUUUCUUGGCCCGCCCAUGGGGUCCAAACUGCUCCUUCCAGAUUCCAUCCUUAGGCUUAACUUCUUCAUAGACGCCACAUAAAAUCCUUCCACCUUCUACUGGUACAAAACCCAUCGAGGCACAGGAGGAUAGCAGACCAGCUCAUCACCCCAACAAGUGUCAGAAAAUAAGGUUCAAGAAAUUAAGAUCAUCAUUAAGAUCAGAACAAUAGACCAUGAGUGAAGCAGCAUUCACGAUCAAUGGCACCCCCACCUGUACGCUGAAUAGACACAUUGCAUACCCUAGCAAGAGCACAGGGUGGCCACAGUUGCUAAGUCUGCUUAUUGUAAGCAAAUUUGAACGUUUCCCGGUAAAAUUGCUAAAGGACAAUGGCAAACUUUGGCAACCAAAUACUCAUUAUUAAGCGUUUGUGUAAGAAACGCCAUUUAUGUAAAAGGAAGAAUCUCGCAGGGCUGGAAGGAAUCAAGACUUUUACUGAGCCUCAUGUUGCAGGUAGCAGUGCUUCACAUGCUCUGGGCAGUGACUGUCUGCAGUGUCGUCUCUUGGUGUCUGUUGGGCAGUGACUGUCUGCAGUGUCGUCUCUUGGUGCCUGUUGGGCAGUGACUGUCUGCAGUGUCGUCUCUUGGUGUCUGUUGUCCCUUUCCAACUUUUCUUGAAUUAUUUCCAGUUUAAAUUUUAAAAUAUUUCUACAUUAGGCAAUAACUGAAAUAUUACUGUACUCUUGAAGUCCAUUAGCCUAUUAUUUUUUAUCAAUGCCCUAAAAUGUCACCAUAGAUCUAAAACUAAAAAGUGUGCUCAUAAUUCAACCUGACUAACGUUAAUAUUUAAAGUCAAAAUGAUCCGCAACCCAGUUUACAUGCUUAAAUUUUAUUAUAACUGGCCUGUCCGCAAAGUACCCGAACAUCAUAAUACUUUGACUCGUAACUGUGGAUGCAUUUCUCCACACAUCACUGGUGCGCCACCAUGAAUGAGAACCUGCGAGCGCCCCUGGUCACUGUAGGACAGAUCUAGGCCAAAUCCAGCCACACAGAGCAAUUUUUACUGGCCGUCAUUACAAUAGAAAUAGGUAACGUUGUAUGUUCAGGUACCAUGAAUAUUCACAAAUACAAUACUUCUAUUCCAACACGUGAAUAUGAAUCUCUCCAAAAAAACAAACUGAUUCAGAAUGUAGGUCUCUCAAAAAAAAAUGGAGGCGAAAAAAAAAAAUCUAACGAGCCUAUUGUAACUUUCAUGGGACGUGGAAACACACCCACCGGCAUAAGGGAGCUCGGUUUAUUUCUCAGGCCUGCUGUAGACUAAUCGCUGUGGACUUAUGGUCACUGUAGUUUUCAGAUGAGGUAUCCUCUCCUCACGCUAUUUCCACAGUUUUUGUAUUCUUCUUUUCUUCUUCUUAUUAAAUCCAGUAUUAUCUUGA